AUGCACCCGACGGCAUGUCUAGCGACUCAACUGGCUGGACAACGUCUCGCAGUGCUAGGCGGAGGAUUGACAGGUCUCUCGACGGCAUUCUAUCUAUCGCGCCAACACCCGGACGCGCAGAUUGUCUUGCUCGAGGGAUCUCCUCGAUACGGUGGAUGGGUCCGCAGCGUCAGAGCGACACCUUCCCGCAUACGACCGGCUUUGCUGGAUGAGCACGCUAAACCUACCGGCGAGCAUGAGGAGGUCAUAUUCGAAGCUGGCCCUAGGAGUGUUCGACCGAGAGGACUGGAGGGAUGGCUCACCCUCGAUCUCGUGAGACAGCUUGGCUUGACGAAAGAGCUCCUCGUGGUCGACAAGAACCAUGUGUCUGCCUUCAACAGGUUCAUCUACUACCCUGACAAGCUCGUUAAGCUUCCGUCGGGCAUCACAUCACUCCUCAGAGCAACCCUGAGCUCAGAUUCAGUCUUGCGAUCAUUGUUGCCUGCCCUGCUUGGAGAGCCUUUCCGGAGGCGGAAGCCCGAACAGGCCUUGCAGACAGACGAGAGCGUCCACUCGUUCUUCUCGCGACGUUUCGGCGACGCAUUUGCGACUAAUCUCGUCAGCGGUAUGGUUCACGGUAUCUACGCAGGCGACACGAGGACUCUGUCUGUAGGCGCGACCUUUGGCAGCAUCGCAAAGCUAGAGCAACAGUAUGGCUCUUUGAUAGUCGCUCUGCUGAGGGGCGGAGUAAAGUCAGAUCCAGAGCAAACGCGGCUUGUCAAAGAGCUCCAGGAUCUCAUGCCCAUCGACGAACGUACAAAUCUCAGGUCUGCCAGUGUAUGGAGCCUGCGAGGCGGCCUCGAGACCCUGACUUUGGGUCUGGAGAUGGCCUUGCGCCGAGCAGACAACGUCACGCUGAGCCGCGACGACCCUAUCCAAUCGAUCGCCCACGAUCCCUCCGGGUUCACUGUCUCCACCACCUCGACUAAGCACGUCACCGAUCGGAUCGUCUCGACCCUUUCUGGCCCGUCCCUGUCAUCGCUGCUCUCGGCCGACAUGCCCGAACUGACCGCCAACGGCUCUGUCAAUGUCGGCGUCGUCAAUCUGGCUUUCGCCAAUAAGCCCGGCAAGCGAUUGCUGCCCGUUCGAGGCUUUGGCUACUUGUUGCCUCGAUCAGUGCCAGAGCAUCAGAAUCCUUACAAAGCUCUAGGUGCCGUGUUUGAUUCUGACAUGAUGCCCGAGAUGCACCCGCCCGAAACAGAAGCCUCGCCUGGCUACACCAAGCUCUCUGUGCUGCUCGGUGGCGCUCACUGGACCGGUAGAUCGAUCGAAAGUCUGCCUACUGACGAUGAGCUGGAGAUUCAAGCCCUUGCGACCGUUCAGAGUCACCUGGGCAUCAGCGAUCUGCCGACUCAUUCUCGCGUACACAUGCAGCGAGACUGCAUUCCUCAGUACCUCGUCGGCCAUCCUGAUCGCAUGCGAACGCUACACGAGAGAAUUGCGCAGACUUACCGGGGCAGGCUCAGCGUGGCGGGAGCAAGUUACACGGGCGUAGGUCUGAACAAUUGCGUCAAGGCUGCUUGGUCUGUCUCACGUGCGAUGGCGACCGAGCAAGUGACAGGACUAGAGAGCUUCCUUGCGAGCUAG